ACUAAAGAUUGUGUAACGGGCAGCCGUGAUUGACAGGGUGAAACAGCAUCUUUCCUUCAAAACAAAGCGGUGUUAAAAUAUCUGGAGGGAGAGAGGCGUUUAGUGCGGUCUUUGUUGGAGCAACACGGUGGAGAUCAAAUCUGUUUCACGCUGUAUUAACUUUUGUCGGAAUAAACUUGUGAAAAUCGCCAAGAUAUAAAAAUAAGACCCGGUUUGUUUGUCAGUUUAUGAAGUGAGCUUUUAUUUUGAAAGCCAAAGCAGAGGGCUUCUUCCUGCUCGACGAUUGUUCGCACAGCAGGCAGAUUCUACCGUCAAACAAGGUAAGAAAAACACUCCUUGAACCCUGUUAUGGUUAAUUUUUAUGUUUCAUUGCGAUGUAAUCAAAUAUCCUAUCUUACACAAAUAUGAAUGAAUAAAACCUUGUUUUCAACCAGCGGGUUUUUAAACCGUUUUCUUCUUUGAGGCUAUUAAUAGACUAUUUACAUCACCCGUUUUACCCCUGUUUUUUAUUUGACAAUGUAUGUAUCAAUUUACAUAGAAAGUACCUGGUUUACAGUUAAUUCUAUAUCAUAAUUAUAAGAUAGUAAAUAUGUCGAGCAUUAUCUCUCCACAUCAGGUGCCUUUUUUCUCCACCUGAGCUUGUUUGAACACGCAGUUGUGUUUGAAAAUGAAAAUUACUCGACUCCAUCUUUUGUGGUGUAAAACUAUUUGUGCGUUUUUGUUUGUUUGUUUUAUCCCCUCCAGAUGACAGAAAUGAGUCCGGCUGUGAGGUUAUCGUUGCUUGGCCUCCUCUUGUGCCCGCAGCUCGGUCUGGCUCCAGCUCGCAGCCCCCGCACGGUGGACCAGGUGUCUGAGGCCGACAUCCAGCGGCUCCUACACGGCGUCAUGGAGCAGCUGGGUAUCGCCAGGCCCAGGGUGGAGUAUCCUGCACAUCAGGCCACCAACAUCGUCGGGCCUCAGAGUAUACAGGGUAGGAUGUGUGUCUGGGCCUUGGAUUCAAAUGGCUUUGAGUAGUUUAGUGUUUUAUACCUUAUAUCUGUGCAAUGAGUCUGAAUCUUCAAGAUGUCCAGGUAAAUAUUAGUACUCGGAAAAAAAAAAACCAAGUCUUGUAUUUAGAAAUUUGCAGACUUAUAAAUCAUUUAAUGUCCUAAACUCAUCUGCUUGACACAAUAUAAACAAUAAAGAAUACAUCAAGAAUAUAAGUCUAAGAAAGCUUGAGAUGAUAUAGAAGUCUCUGCUGAAACAGUUUUCAAGCGUUUAUUGUGAAAGUAUCCAUCAGCGCUUGAGUGUGAUUACUACCCUUUGAGUGAUGAUGCUGUAUCAGUGCUGACUGCACUGCUUGUUUUCUCACACAAGGUGGUGCUCAUGAGGGGCUGCAGCACCUUGGCCCCUUUGGAAACAUUCCCAACAUUGUGGCAGAGCUGACAGGCGAUAACGUUCCCAAAGACUUUAGCGAUGACCAUGGAUAUCCGGACCCUCCAAACCCCUGUCCCCUUGGAAAAACUGGUAGAGACUCUUGUCCAAAACAUAUUAAAAUAAUAAUUUGUUCUGAUAAAAAUGUGAUGUAAAUGCUGUUGUGUUGCCAUUUCUUUCAUCUCUUACUGUGCUUUAAGAUGCCUUAAGCAAGAACAAUUGCUGAAGUAUUUUAGCACACCUGAGGAAAAGUUAAGAUGACUUACUUCUUUAUUUCUUACACACUCUGUCUGUGUGUCCUUAUGUUCACAGCAGCAGAUGGCUGCUUGGAAAAUGCUCCAGACACGGCAGAGUUCAGCAGAGAGUUCCAGAAACACCAGCACUUGUUUGACCCUGAGCAUGACUACCCAGCUUUGGCUAAGUGGGUGAGUACAGAGUUAAACAGUGGAAUAAUUAUUAUUUUUAGAUUAUGAAGUCAUUUUUAGGAUAAUCUCUUCAUGCAAUCUUGUUUUGUAUUAACUCCUAAUGAUUUUAUAUCUAAAUAACUUAAUUAAUGCAGAUUUGAUAUGAUGAUGCUUAUUAAAGGUUGAGUCACAGACACACUUCAUAUUUGAAAUGAUUUAUUUGAGAGGUCAGAGCAGGAAAUAGAUAGAGAGGCCUCAGGCUGGAAUCAAACCUGGGCAUAAUCUCUAUACAUCCUUUUAAACAAGAUCUACCUACCUGAUGAAGGUCUAGAAUCUAAACACUGCAUGAAAAUAUCUGUUAUUGACAGUUAGACAGUUGGGGAAUCACAGUUUUUGGACUGUCUUGCCUCUCUCUUUCUCUCUCUCUCUCUCUCUCUCUCUCUCUCUAUCUUUCUCUAUCUCUCUAAUGCACCUGCCCUUUAAAAAUCAAAGUGUUUUCCACUUUUAAUCAAAACUCAAUAAAAUGGGUGGAAAUGCUUCUAAUCAAGCUGUGUCUGAAAGAAAGUACAUCUACUGCAUGAACAGGAUUUAACUGCAAGAUUCAGGCAGCACACUUUAACGCUGGCAGUUUCUUUUACUUGAAAUGUUUAUUCUAAGAUGUUUCAGAGGCAAACAGUAUACUUUUUAUUCCCCAAAAUAUGUCUGACAGUUUUUCAGGUUUCAUAGUAAAUUUAAAAAAUUUGAAUUAAAGACUGAGCUCUGUUUAUUCAAACAGACUCAGUUUAAAUGUGUUAGAUGAAGAUUAUGAUUGGAGCUGUAAAUUCUUCCUCUGUCAUCUUUUCUUUCUUUGGCUUUUGAGAACAAGUGCUCACAGCCUAAUUCUCACAGAAACAUCACGAAGGUCACGAGUUUUCCCAUUUAGAGGAUGAAACCAAACUUUUCUGCUGGUUUGGUUUAGCCUGAAAAUUGAGCCCUUAGAGUAAUUUUUUAUAGUCGAAAUAGCGCAAGGCAGCAGAUUUUUCACUUUUCAUUUCAAAACAAAGCAAAGGCUGCAUGAUUUAGUGCCUGAGAAUUUUUUCUUUUUGUUUUCUUUCAGAACAAGGAACUUUUGUACCAAAAACUGAAGGGAGGACCCAAAAGAAGAAAAAGGGUAAAUUGUUUUUCUUCUUCCUUUUUCUGUAUUAUUGUCCAUAUUGUCCAUCAUUUAUGUCUGAAGGGGGCGGUGACUCUUAAACUAAAUGCUUUCAUGGAACUUUUUAUGUGUGGGGAUAAAUCUUGACCGGCAAUUGUCAGACAUUGAAUCUUGGAGGACAUGUUUACAAAUUGUAUUUUUCUCUACCUCCCUGCAGAGCGUUAACCCGUACUUGAUGGGCCAGAAGCUGGAAAACGUGGUCGCCAAGAAGUCUGUUCCUCACUUCUUUGAUGAAGAAGACAACUCGGCACCGACGGCCAAAUCCACAACCUAAACACUCAGUGUAAUAUUUGAGAUCACUCUCAGAAUCAAGUUUUUAUGACUAAAUAUUUCAGCAUUUUGUUUGGUAAAUAAUGGGACAGGGAGUUUAAAAAUCAAGAAAUAGUGAUAGUCAUCACAAAGAUGAUGUACAGCUGAGAUUUUGUUUAGUAUUUGGUGGUAUUCCUUUAAAAAAACACCAAAAAGUCUAAGUCAUGGAUACAACCUUCUAAAAAAAAAAGUGCAAAAACUCCACGGUUUUGGUUAGACUUUUGGAUCAAGAUCUCUUUUGCUUUUUUGAUAUUUAAGAAUGAACCUGAAAAGGCAAACUAUUCAGUUAGGAAGUCAAAGGAUACAGACCUUUCAAAUAUCUAUAAUACAUAAAUUUUAACUUUAACAGCAAACAUAAAGUACCCCUCAAGGACAAAAAACCACUUAUUUAUCAGACACAGAGGUGAUUCUUAGACAGUUUUCAGGCAUCACCACAAAAUGCUCAAAUAGAACAUGCUGAAAACUUGAUUAACAGUGUGCACCAUAACUGUAACUGUAUUAUAAUGAGAAGCUGUACAAAGAUGUAAUGAUUUAAGGGAAAGUUAUUAUAUUCAUGACUGUACAGAAAGAGUAACUCACUGAAGUUUAUUUUUUGUCUCAAUAUGACAGUUUAUACCCUCAGACUGAACACAGCUCACGAUCUUUUAAGUACAUUUGAAACUGUUGUAGCUUUGUGUUGUCAUUUCAAAUGAAUGCCAGUGAGCUUUAUUUACAUGGUAUGGCACAUAUAUUAUAAAUCUGUUCUCUUCACUGUACUGCAGAGACUUAGUGAUUCAGUGUUGGGUCAUUUCUUCUUCACAUACAUGUUUGUGUUUUUGUUCUGUAAAGUCAAAUAAAAGAUUUAUCUGCAAUGACAAAGUCUG